AACCCCACAACCACCGUUAGACCGUUACUGAAAGAAAAGAGAAGAAGAAGAAUUCUCUAUGCGUCUUCUCUUUCCCCCAUUAGACAACAAAUGACCGAACAACCAUGAACGUCGAUCCCGCUUAGUGAAACCGAUUCUUUUCAGUUUGGUGCUUGGUGAACCGCCAACUUGUUGAUUGUGUGGUGGAAAACAUCGAGGCUUUGGUGGACAAUGUGUGUUGUGACGGAAUGAAGUGACCCGAAUGUUUUUUUUCGCACACAGUUCAUCACAAUGCAUGCAUCAAGACGGCAGAAAAAGGCUCGUGCCAGGCCUUUCUCACCCCCUGUUACUUCACAUCUGCAGUCCUCACCUGCCUACAAAGUGGCCAAGCUCGUGAGAGGGCAGCAAGGCUUUGGAUUCACGAUAUCUGGCCAGGCUCCCUGCAUCCUGAGUUGUGUUGUGCCCAAUAGUUCAGCAGACAAAGCUGGUCUGCACGCAGGGGACUGUUUGUUGGCUGUCAACGGUUGUGAUGUCAGCAGAGCACCCCACGAUGAAGUGGUCAGGCUGGUUGGUUCCUGCAUGGGAAUGCUCAGACUCCAUCUGGCAGAAUCUGGCAUUCCAGCCACAGCCAAAGGAUACUCUUCUUCAGAUGAGGAAUCAGACACAAAGAUCAGAGUGUCAUCCAAAAUCAGGCCGCCCAGAACCAGACAUCAUGCAAAUCGAUUAAAACGAAAGGGAGCAACUCCUCCCAGCCGUUCUGAAAGAGUCGCAAGAGAUUUGCAUAGUCGAAUGGGAAUGCCCGUUCCUCCAAUGCCGAGUCAUUCUUCCGGGACCAAGAGCCGACGUCGACGGAACUCGAGCAAUAGCAGCCAAGAACAUAUUGGCAACCUCAUGUCGUCACCUAACCUCCACGCCAGAAUGAACAAACAGAAUAAUGGAGUUGCGGCCGCCAACGUCACCGGUCAACUCAUGUACCGUUCAGUGGUGGGCUACUUGGGAACGAUUGAAAUGCCGGAAGACUCUAGCAGUCAGUCGUCACCCAGUAGCGGCGUGAGCGGAGGGGGUCUGAGUGCCUCUGGCAGCCAUUCCAACAGCAAUAACAGUGCAGCGGCCCGACUGGCGGCAAUCAGGAGCUGCGUGCGUCGUUUAAGGGUAGAGAAGAAGGUUCACACGUUGGUGCUGCUCCGUGUGUGGGGACCCCGACCAGGUGCUGGUGGUGGUGGAGUGGUCGGUGCUGCUGCUGCCGCGGGCGGAGCCUCCAAUUCUUCGUCGACUUCACGAAAUAAUAAUAAUAGUAGUAGUAGUAGUUCAGGAAAGAUCACCUUGACCAGCCCGGCCGGGGCUAAUUUGGCUCGUUUUCCUGCACGACGUGUCGUUUUCUGUGGGGCUUACGCCGACGACGCCCGUUUCUUUGGUCUCGUUACAUCUGCCUCCCACGACUCGGACGACGACGACGAUCAGUCCAUCAGCGGGUCGGAUCACGAAGACAAAAUGCUCAACACCCAUCGCAAGAAUUCGGCCGCAGGCUUCACGUCGUGCCAUGUUUUCAUGGUGGAUUCCCGCUUGGUGGCCCACGAAGGGCACGCGGCCCGAGCCCACGCGUUCCGCUUCCAGUGUACCCCAGCCGCCGGAGGUGAUGGACGAUGUCUGGAGUUCCCUCCCACGGCUGAACCGAUACUACAGGCUGUACUCUCCUUGUGCGCUUCCUCUGGAUGCCACGGAAAUAACGCCAUCGGAUUAAUGGGCUGGGCCAAUCCUCUGCUGCAGCAGCAACAGCAGCAGCAGCACCAACAACAGCAACAACAUAAUUUAAGCAGCAAUAGCAGCAGCAGCAGUAAUAGCGACUCUGGAAUCUUUCGUGAUCGCGAUGAUGGCAAGAACAGCGACCGUGACGUGCAGCUACAACUGCGGCAUCAGCAAGAUCAGCUCAUGUUGCAUCACCAGCCCAUUUCACUUCCGCUCAAUGGCAAUUUAGACCGGCUGACGGUUCGUGCCAUGCCGGACCCUAUGAUGGCCAUCAAAAGUCCAGGCGAGCUGGAACACGCCGCUCGGUUACGAAGUUCGAUGCAGCGUUACCUGAACCAACAGCAGCAGCAACAACAACCGCAGCCGGCCAUGCUGUUGCUUAACCGCAAUACGGGGACGCACCAACAUGUUAAUCCAUCGCUCAGCGUUCGCGCAACUAUGACGCUGGAGGAAAAGUUGAGCCCUCAAGUUUUCAAAGGCCGACCUGGCGGCCUACCGCACCCCGCCAACAGACCUGCUCGAACGCCGUCAGAACGCAGUCGUGCUCGCAGCCUGGACGAUUUAAGUAAAAGCUGCCAACAGCAGGCCCGUAUGCCGGGCGAUCCGCCACAGCAUCAUCACCACCAUCACCAUGCUCAACAGCUGGGAUCUGACAACGGUUUAGACAAGAUCGAUUGGGAGAAUAGUACUCCUUUUGAUCCUGUCGUGGGCUGGCACAGUUUAGCAGGCCAGUCUUCAUCAGGAUCCCCGCCGCGACAGAAACUACUAGCCAAAAGACUGGAAUAUAGAGACGAUGGCAGUGAGGAAGAGGAAGAGGAAGAAGAAGAAGAUGAGGAGAACGAGGUAUUGCCGCCGGCGUCGGAUCAACGGUGCGGCCAAGAUGAAAGACCCGGAUCGACCAUAGCGGCCACUAUCGUCGCCUCGGCAACCAACAGCACCAGUGAGCCCAUUCUGGCUGGGACGCUCGAGAAACCCAUUCAGCCCGACCAGCAGCAGCCGCAGCCUCCUCCUCCUCCUCCUCAAACUUCACAACCUCAACAACAACACGUUUGGAUGCAGGGAUUUGAGAAGCUCCUCGAGGACCCCCUGGGUCUGCGAGCCUUCGCUGGAUUUCUAAAGAAGGAGUUUAGCCACGAAAACAUAUAUUUUUGGGCCGCUUGCGAACGGUUUCAUCGGCUAUUCCCCACCGAGGAUACCACGACGGCCGCUUACGAAGCCCAAAAGAUUUUCGAACGCCACCUUGGCCCAGCCGCCUCUGAGCCUGUUAAUGUCGACUCCCAAGCGAGACAAAAGGCUGAAGAUAAUCUAUGCCAACCUAGCCUGGAAUUGUUUGAUCAGGCUCAGAAACAGGUCUUCAAUUUGAUGAAAUACGACUGUUACCCAAGGUUCCUUCGUUCACCAUACUUUCGUGAAUGUCUUCAAGCCAUGCAACAGAACGAGCAACCUCCCAUUGCGGAGCUGACCCUUAAUGAUCCUGAUUUGAAUAUUGACUAUGAUUUCGGUGAGGGUGAUAGCGAUAGCUUGCGCAAUUUGGCACUGAAAAAGAGUGGCAGCGAUGCUGGUGAACGACGUCGUAGAUCCUUGUUGCCUUGGCCCAAAAAAGAUCGGUCAAAAUCCAAGGAUCGCGCUGAAUUUGAUUACAGAAAGACGUCCAAGAAGAAAAAUCGACAGGGUAGUACCAGUAGCGGCCCAGACAAGGAAAAGGAGAAUGCGACGGACGAUGAAGAUCUGUUCAUUAAGAGAGCCGCAUCCAAGGAUUCGGUGGCAUCCGAAUUCAGUGACAAGGCUUUCCACAUCCAAAACACUGCCAGUGCUGUGCCGCUGGUCAAAGUCCUUCUUCCCGACAUGUCUUCUGCAGUUAUUGCUGCCCGGCCAGGCCAAAGUGUUCAGCAACUUCUCAACAAACUUUUGGAGCGUCGUGGCUUACGCUUCAAUGCUUUCGAGCUGUUUGACAGCCACCAUUCCACCUCUAUCGAGCUGGAACGGGACGCUUCUGUGGUCGGUGGCAUGGAAAUCCGCUUAGAACCCAGAGUCGUCUUCCAUCUACUACUCCUCCAGUCGGGCAAAUCGCUGAUGAUCCGUGGCCAACCCAGGAGGCAGCUAGGCGAAGUCGUUAAACCGAUUCUCUUGAAAUACGGCCUCAAAAUUGAACAGUCGAUUAUCACUAAAUCGGCUACUGGGGAUGUCGUCCAAGCAAAAACCAUGUUAGCAUCGCUGGAUGGUUGCCAUUUGAAGGUUACAAACCGAGACGAAGUCCAUGAAGAUUUUGGUGAAAUGGACCGUGACGGUUCAGGUCAAGCCCAUGGUGAACAAUCUGAUGAAGCGGAGGAACUUCCAAUCAAAAAUAGUGGAAGCCUGUUGGGGCGUAAAGGAUUGAGUCGAAGAAAUUCUCUUCAGACCGAACGGAGUAGAACGGUCUCAGGCAAAAAGCCCAUGGCACCAACCAAAAGCGAAAGCACGAUACAGAAUCCGAACAUGUCUGUCGCUAAUAAACGACUUUCGCUCCACGAUUUGCCCAAAUCCAGUUCGACGGCGCAUUUAAUGCCUCCACCUCGAGCCCCACUUGGAUCGAGAAAGUCCAACACCCAGCGUAACCCACUAACACGCCUGGAAAACGAGGCGCUCUAUGAACGAUUAAAACGAGCUCAGAGAUGCAGACUUGAAGACCAAAGAGGCACAGAAAUCAACUAUGAACUGCCGGACUUUCUCAAAUUGCCAGGGCGCUGUACCAGUGGCGACUAUUCUGACUCACAUGAGUUGCCUCUCGACGGAAGAGCUUCGGAACCCAUCGGAUGCCGGCCAAGAAGAGUCUACCAGGAAUCAUAUGAAUUUCCACUGGAUGGCCGAGCAUCUGAACCACUCUUUUCACGGCGUGACGUUGUUUCUGAUCCGCGUUCCAACGGAACCGCAAUGAGCGGCUCUUGUGCCUCACCGGAUUUCGCCGCAAUUGCAGCACAGAUCCUGGACAAGAGUUUUUCGGCCGAUGGGCUAUUGCCGACUCAUGAGGAGGCUGACAUGUAUUUCGGAUCGUCGACGCCGAGUGGAACGAUGGAACUAAAAUCCAGUCAACCGUCUCAUUCCAAAAUUACCGUGGCUGCGGCUAAACAAAAUGUGGCCAAUGUCGCUGCCCGCAUUGCGGCCAUCGAACAAAAGGAUCAGGCCAAACAGAAUGCCGCGAACCGCCAGAUUGCCAAGUCGGAUUCCAAUUCAAAUUGGGAUGACUUGCUUCUCGAUUUAGACGUGGACUGGCGCUGUUACCAGGGUCGUGAGACGGAUGAUCAAAAACAACAACUGCAACAACACAGUCGGCCGAGGAACGUUCCCUCGUCACACCAACCUCUCAACAGUCGACCUCCACUUCCCACGCCCCCUGCCCUAGAGUUACUCGACUUGGACGACCCGCUGACCGUCGCCAGCCCAGCGCCGCCUCCUCCUCUACCGCCUAAACCAGGCAAACCCAAGAUCAACGAACCGUUCAAAGCCCCGCCAUCGAAACCGAUGCCGCCUCCACGGCCACCCAGCCGCAAUAUCAAUACUUCCUCCAGGGUGAAUGUUAGUUUCGUUUAACAACAGGUCCCGCGGGCUUUUUUUACUCAAUUUGAGUGAUUCCUUUCAUUUUCUUUUAUCAAGUCUUCACUGGAAGUUGAUUAUUAAGUGUGCCAUAUUAUCCCUCAAAUUGUUUCAAGCGUAUAUUGAGCGUAGCUCGAUCGGGAAACCCGGUAAAUUGUUUGUCUUGAAAGAACUCAAAGGGUGUCAUCAUUGUCUAUCGGUUCUUCUUCUACGCGUCCAACCAGCGUCACCCAGAAAAGUUGAGGUCGAUCGUAGGCCGUCACCAACACGCCUUUGUCCGUAAAGGGAGCUGCUCCUGUGAUCAUGCAGUCCUUUAAUUCGAAACUGGUCAUGUAGCGGAUAUCCCAGCUGGGAUCGUUGUUUUUCCCAAGAAUCCACAGAUGCAGAAAACCGUCUUCCGCAGCAGAGACAAAUCCGCCUUUGACUGGAAAUAUUUCAGUUAUCCAGCGAAUGUGACCUGCGAUCUCGGAUAGGCAUUCCAUCGUCGGCAACAUGUAGGCCCGGAUUAAUCCCGUGCUGAAAGCUGCGAUCAUAACUAAACAACAACAAAAAAAGACAUGAGAUUUUUUUCCCUAAGCCAUAUUGAAACAAAUUUCUUCUGCAACUUUCCAUCCCACUUUUUCACGAUCAAAUUUUUUAUCUUUUCGUCGAAUUUUUUAUGUACUAUUUUCAUUCUAAUAACUCGUGACUCUUUGACUCUAUUGGGAUGAGGUGAUAAAUUACCGUUUUCUCCCCUGGCUUCAAGGAUAAACAUGCUGGUGCAGCAGUUUGACAAUUUCUCCUGAAUGCGUUGAAUUUGAGACCAAGAAUUGGGUCCACCUUGAAAUAGGACGAUACCUCCUUGUUCAUCUCCUGCCGCCAGAUAUUCUGCGGACACGCAGAUGACCGUGGUAGGGAACUUUCCCAGUUUGCUUUGAGACAGCAUGUCCUGACUGCCUAUUUCCCAUAGACCUUCGUUGCUCCCUGUCGUAGAACAUGAUUUUGUACUUUGUAAAACUCUUUUCAUCGUCCUCCUCCUCCGCCCGGAUUUGUCUAUUUCACCUGUGUAUAUAUACCCGUUGAUCGACGCCAGAGAGCUGAUCCAUCCUUGCUGAUCCAGUAUCCUGUUUAUAUCCGCUUUCCACGUUUUAGUCGAGCAGUCGAACAUAACUCGCAGUAGAUGAUUGGUGUGGGCGAUUAUGAGCACGGGCUCGUCGCCGUUGUCGCACCACAAUACCUGCCAAAGAAAAGUAUUCGAUUGGACGCUACCUUCUUUUUGUCUUAGUUGUGACUUCUUUAUUGUUUGUGUUUCAAACUUUCGGACUUGUAUAUCAUCGGGUUCAUCGACUAUUAGCUCGUUAAUGUCCAGCACGUGCUGUUGUUGGAUAUUUCCCCUCUUGUCCAGAAUCAUCAACUCUAUCGCGUCAGAGUGUACUAUUGCAACAUGACUGUCACUGCUCUCUUUCCUGUUCGUAUGUGUAAAAAAAAAUUUUUAAACAUCAAGCUGAUGGAUAAAUUUCAACAAAUAUACAAUUGUGAACUGGU